AUGAUAACAAUAAAACACGAUGAAGUGGUCGCAGUAAGUCGAAAUUUGAUCGCUCAAUCCGACACAAGCACUGACGCUUCUCCGCAGAAAUUACGGCCAUUCUCAGAAAAAGUGCGCGAUCUGCCAGCAGGAUGGCUCAUCCCCAUCGCAAUUCUCUUUGUCAUUUCUUUCCCUCCUUUGUUUGGUCAUGAGAUUAUCGCAUUGUUAUGCGGUGUUGUCUAUGGACUCUGGAUCGGAUUUGCCAUUGUUGCUGCAGGUACAUUCAUCGGCGAAAUCGGCACGUGGUUUGCAUUCAAGUAUUUAUUCCGCCGCAAGGCCCACGAGCUGGAACGCAAGAACCUUAACUAUGGUGCUCUUGCACGACUUACCCGCGAUGGAGGAUUCUGGAUCGUACUCGUCAUCCGACUUUCCGCAGUACCGUCGCAUUUUUCCACCGCCGUGUUCUCAACAUGUGACGUGAGAUUUUGGCAUUUUUUCGUCUCAACCUUCCUCUCGCUGCCAAAACAGGUCGUACUGGUCUACCUCGGCGUUUUACUAGUGAAGCAAGACGAUGAUAGCACCAUCAAGACUGUCAUGUUCCUGAUUCUGGGAGCAAUCACCAUCGCCCUCGGCGCCUGGAUCUACAUCAAGAUGCGCAACGUAAAGAAGGUGCUUCUAGAAGAACAGGAGACGAGGAGAGUCAAGAAGGCUGAAAGCGUUGAGAUGACACCGAGUGUAAAGACUGCAUUCGAGAGGCGGUAUGACAACGAGCCGUAUGAGGCACAACCACUCCAACCACAGCCGUAUCGGACAUAUGAACCGCAGGUGUUUGAGCACACGAUGGUACCGACGCAGCCAGCGAGAAUGCUGUAA